CUGCUUGAAUUUGUUAUCAGACCUUCAAAUGACCUUUAAUUCGUGUCCGCUCCUUUCUUAACUAUUUUGAGUUUUGACAGUUCUAUUCAGCAGCAGUCAGGGUGUGCAAUAGUUCGAAUUAGAAUCUUUUAUCAAAAUCCACAAUGAGUACUUACUUCCAAUACCCGACCCCUGAGCUUCAGGAGGAGCUGAAGAAGAUCGCCCAGGCGAUUGUCGCUCCAGGCAAGGGCAUCCUUGCUGCCGAUGAGUCCACUGGUACUAUGGGAAAACGUCUUCAAGACAUCGGCGUUGAAAACACCGAGGAGAACCGUCGCAAAUACCGUCAGCUCCUUUUCACCACUGACCCUGCCAUCUCCGAAAAUAUCUCUGGAGUGAUCUUGUUCCACGAGACCUUGUACCAGAAGGCUGAUGACGGUACUCCACUGGUCUCCCUGCUCGAGAAGCGCGGCAUCAUCCCCGGCAUCAAGGUCGACAAGGGUGUUGUACCCCUCUUCGGCUCGGAGGACGAAUGCACAACCCAGGGCUUGGACGACUUGGCCCAACGUUGUGCCCAAUACAAGAAAGAUGGCUGCCACUUCGCCAAGUGGCGUUGCGUGCUCAAGAUCGGCCGCAACACACCAUCGUACCAGGCUAUCAUGGAGAACGCGAACGUUCUUGCUCGCUACGCUUCCAUUUGUCAGAGCCAGCGCAUUGUUCCUAUUGUUGAACCCGAAGUUUUGCCCGAUGGUGAGCACGAUUUGGACCGCGCCCAAAAGGUGACAGAGCAGGUCCUUGCUGCCGUCUACAAGGCUCUCAGUGACCACCACGUCUACCUCGAGGGCACACUCCUCAAGCCAAACAUGGUAACCGCCGGUCAGUCUUGCAAGAAGACGUACACUCCAAUGGACAUCGGACGCGCAACCGUCACCGCACUUCUGAGGACCGUGCCGGCUGCAGUUCCCGGAGUCACAUUCCUCUCUGGUGGUCAGUCUGAAGAGGAGGCCUCCGUGAACCUGAACGCCAUCAACACCGUGGACCUCAAGAGGCCAUGGUCCCUCACCUUCAGCUACGGUCGUGCCCUCCAGGCCUCCGUGCUCCGUGCCUGGGCAGGCAAGCAGGAGAACUUGCUCGCUGGACAACAGGAACUGUUGAAGCGUGCUAAGGCGAAUGGUCUUGCUGUUAGAGGACAAUAUGUAGCAGGUUCGAUUCCGUCGCUCGCUGCUUCCAAAUCUAAUUUUGUCAAAUCACACGCUUACUAAACUGGCUAAUAUUAGAUGCUAUCUAUUUCUUGGCACUUAUACCCUAUAAGCUAUUCACGAGACUAUGAAUUGAAAAUCUAUCUGUCCUUUUCUAAACAAAUAUCUUGAAAAGGAUGGCAGAACUAUAUUUUUAUUGUUAUGUUUUAUAUUUUAUGUGCCAAAUAAAUCGCGUAAUUUGCUGUAUGAAUACAUGAUAGUGAAAUUUAAAAAAGAACAAAUUAAAUUACAUUUUUUUUUUUGAUUAACUUGCAUAUUUUAUUUAAACAGUCCUUAUUAUUAAUUAUCUGUGGUAAAAUUUUGCUCGAAUUAUGGCAACUCUGCAUACAAAUAACGCAUUUAGUUAAGAUUUUUAUUUGUAUACUAAUUUACUCACAUUUAAAUAUUAAAAUUGGUCUACACAAAAAUUAAUUCUAUAACAAAAAUACAUUUUUCACAGUAAAAUGUAUUAUUGGGAAUCCUAAUUUUUUAAACGUCCAUUAGACAAUAGAUUUUGCAUUAGUCAAUUCUAUAUCCAUUAGCAUUGAACCGAUCUCCAAAAAUGUUCUCGAAUUGAAUUACAAAUGAUUUUUUAUAAACAUUUUCGGGCUGAAUUUCGAAUGUUUUUUGAAAUCAUGUUUGUGAUUGGUUGGUUGGAAUCCUAUAUUAUCUUCUUUCCGUGGGUCGAGUGUAAACUUCAUCGGUUUUUACUAAGCAUUGCUGUCAAGUGCAAAAAUUAUCAUAUUACGGCAGUGACUAUUGCAAAAUUGACAGCAAAAUCUGUCGUCUAAUUGACAGUUUUACGUUUACGAAUGAAAAUAGCAUUUUAAAUUGUUUUUUUUUUACUCAUUUGUAUGUGUGUCGUAGUUAGAACUUAGCUAGUUUUGCUACAUCUCCAUCUAUUUAUUAGUUUCCUAACAUAAAAUCAUUGAAUAGGCUCUCUACCUAUUCAGUGCAUAAAAUAUACAAGGUUCAGUUAUUUAUAAUUUACAUGAUAGUGUUUUACGUACCUACACUUCAAGGAAAUUCAAAAAAAAUUUAAAAUACAAAAAUUGGGGAACUGGUAAGAUUCGAACCUACGUCUCUUUUGGUGAACACUUAAGUCAACUCUAGUAUGGUGGUCAAGAGAGAUGCCCAAGAGAGACACAGGUUCAUAUCCUUCUAGUUCCCCAAAUUUUGGUGUGUAUUAACAAAAAAUUAUUCUAAAAUUCAGUUAUUAGUUUUUUUAAGGAAAAAAAUGAUCAUUUUUAUUACUCCUAGUGACUAAAAAUCCGUGAAAAACGUUGAGAAUCUUGUACAUUUUAUGUCAGUCAGUUUUUGUGCUUGUUGUAGAUGUUUAUUGCACUAACAAUAUGGAACACAAUUAUUGCUAACCCUGUUUGUUAUCGUUUUCAAUAAAACAUAGACCUUU